UCGUAAUUCGUUGUAUAUGGAAUGGCGGCAUAACCUAAUGAUUUGUUAUUGCGUUAUUUGUGUAUUUAGGAGAACAUUUAAAGUUAUAAAGUGAAGAUUGUGUCGAUAAUUAAAAUCAAAUAAUGGCUGACGCGGCCGCCAGACAGUUGCAAUAUGAAUACAAGGCGAACUCGAACCUUGUACUCCAAGCUGAUGUGCGACUCAUAGAGCGUCGUGGUCGUGAUGAGGCCACGGGGGAGGUGUUGUCUCUGUCCGGCAAGUUGGGUGGCACGAAGAUGGGGGAUAGAGCUCAACGGACAAAACCUGAUAAGGCCGAGGAGAGGAAAGCCAAACGUCAGAAGCGUGAUGAGGCAACAUAUGAGUUGACCAAGUCCAAAUCCCGAGCUGCAUGGGCAGAUGAAACUCCCGGGGCUUUGUAUAGACCGAGAGCUCAGCACACUCGACACGCCUACGAGCUGCUUUUAGCCUUCAUGCAAAGCGCCUUGGGCGACCAGCCAAGGGAUGUUCUGUGCGGAGCUUGCGAUGAGGUGUUGGUGGUGUUGAAAAACGAAAAGAUGAAGGACCUGGAAAGGAAGAAAGAGAUCGAGUUACUCCUCGGUCCGAUAGCAGAUGAAAGAUUCGCAUUAUUAGUUAAUUUAGGUAAAAAAAUCACCGACUUCACAAUAAGUACAUCCACCGAAGGCAACACGGAGAUCGAUGAAACAUAUGGCAUUAAUGUGCAGUUUGAGGAGUCGGAGGAGGAAGAUGACGAGGAUGCUUAUGGAGAGGUCCGUGAUGAAGAGAGGGAGGAGGGAGAUGCUUCAGAGGCGGAGGGUGGGGAGAGUUCCGGGGAGGAGAGUGGGGGGGAGAAGAAAAACGCCAUACACGCUAAUCUGUCAGAGGAGCAGUCCAGCAAGCGUCGGGACGCGGUCCUCCAUGCGAUGGAUAUAGACGCCUACUGGCUGCAGCGGAGACUCUCAAGACACUUCCCGGAUGCUAUGUUAUCACAGGCGAAGUCCUCCGAAGUGCUGCAAGCUCUGGCGGAUGCGGCUGAUGAAAGAGACCUGGAGAACAGGCUAGUGUUGCUGCUGGGUUACGACUGUUUCGACCUGGUCAAGACGCUCAACAAGUACAGAUACACGGUUCUGUACUGCACGAAACUGGCAUCGUCACAGUCUGAGAGCGAGAGGGCUGCUAUAAGAGAGGAGAUGGCAACAAAACCACACCUGCAGAAGAUCCUGGCACAGCUGGACACCGGGAAAGGGGAGGAUGAGAGCACGGUGCAAUCGGAGCAGCCCCGCAAGCGUUCCAGGUCGGUGCUCGAGGGAGGCUGGGCUGGCAGCGUGGCGGGGAACCGGAAACAGCUGCAGCUAGACGAGCUGGUGUUCGCAGCUGGGGCUCACUUCAUGGCCAACAAGCGCUGUCAGCUACCACCUGGAUCCUUCAGGAAGCAGCGGAAAGGCUACGAGGAAGUCCACGUCCCGGCGCUGAAACCAAAGCCGUUCGAGGAGAACGAGGUGUUGCUACCCAUAGAGAAGCUGCCCAAGUAUGUACAACCCGCCUUCGAGGGCUUCAAGACGCUCAACCGGAUACAGAGUCGCAUCUCUACAGCGGCCCUGGAGUCGGAUGACAAUCUGCUGGUCUGCGCGCCCACGGGAGCGGGCAAGACGAACGUGGCGCUGCUGUGCAUCCUGAGGGCGUUGGGCAAACACGUCAACCACGACGGCAGCGUCAACGUGGGCGACUUCAAGGUGGUGUACGUGGCGCCCAUGAGGUCGCUGGUGCAGGAGAUGGUGGGCAAUUUCAGCAAGCGGCUGGCGGCUUACAACAUGAAGGUGUCGGAGCUGACGGGUGACCACCAGCUCACCAGGGAACAGAUAGACGACACGCAGCUCAUAGUGUGCACGCCUGAGAAAUGGGACAUCGUCACUAGGAAAGGUGGCGAGCGUUCCUUCACCAACCUGGUCCGCCUCAUCAUCAUAGACGAGAUUCAUCUCCUGCACGACGAGCGCGGUCCAGUUCUGGAGGCGUUGGUCGCCCGCACGCUGAGGACGGUGGAGCACACACAGGAAGAGGUCCGCCUCGUUGGUCUGUCCGCUACCUUACCCAACUACACAGACGUUGCAGCAUUCCUCCGAGUCAAACCGGAAAAGGGUCUCUUCUACUUCGACAACUCCUUCAGGCCUGUAGCUCUGGAGCAGCAGUAUAUUGGUGUGACGGAGAAGAAGGCGCUGAAGAGGUUCCAGGUCAUGAACGAUAUCGUGUACGAGAAGGCCAUGGAACACGCUGGGAAGAAUCAGAUAUUGGUGUUCGUGCACUCCAGGAAGGAGACGGGGAAGACGGCGCGGGCUGUCCGCGACACCUGCCUGGAGAAGGACACGCUCGGACAUUUCCUUAGGGAGGGUUCCGCCAGCGUGGAGGUUCUGCGUACCGAGGCUGAGCAGGUGAAGAACCCUGAACUCCGUGAGUUACUACCCUACGGUUUCGCCAUACAUCACGCGGGUAUGAGCCGAGUGGACAGGACCCUGGUAGAAGAUCUGUUCGCUGACAGACAUAUACAGGUGUUGGUAUCAACGGCUACCCUGGCGUGGGGUGUGAACCUGCCAGCACACACGGUCAUAGUGAAGGGGACGCAGGUGUACAGCCCCGAGAAGGGCCGCUGGAGCGAGCUGGGGGCGCUGGACGUGCUUCAGAUGCUGGGAAGAGCUGGACGGCCGCAGUACGACACCAAGGGAGAAGGCAUUCUGAUAACAAAUCACUCCGAGCUGCAAUACUACCUGUCGCUGUUGAACCAGCAAUUGCCGAUCGAAUCACAGCUCGUCUCCAAGCUACCGGAUAUGCUGAACGCGGAGAUAGUGCUGGGUUCCGUACAGAGCGUGAGGGAUGCUGUCACGUGGCUCGGUUACACGUACCUGUACGUGCGCAUGCUCCGCCAGCCCGCUCUGUACGGUGUGAGUGAGGACAGGCUGAAGGACGACGCGUUGUUGGAACUUCACCGGGCCGACCUCGUUCACACCGCCGCCUCGCUGCUCGACAAAGCCGGUCUAAUUAAAUACGAGCGGAAAUCCGGUCACUUCCAAGCCACUGAGCUGGGUCGUAUAGCUUCUCACUACUACUGCACCUAUGAGACCAUGCAGAACUACAACCAGCUGUUGAAGCCCACAUUGGCUGAGAUAGAGUUGUUCAGAGUGUUCUCGCUGUCCGCUGAGUUCAAGCACAUCACUGUCAGGGACGAGGAGAAGCUGGAGCUGCACAAGCUCAUGGAGCGGGUUCCUAUACCUAUCAAGGAGAGUAUAGAAGAACCGUCAGCCAAGAUAAACGUGCUGCUGCAAGCUUAUAUAUCACAGCUCAAGCUGGAAGGCUUCGCCCUGAUGGCGGAUAUGGUGUACGUGACGCAAUCAGCGAGUAGACUGCUCAGGGCUAUCUUCGAGAUUGUGCUGCAUCGAGGCUGGGCGCAGCUGGUCGAUAAGACGCUGGCUCUGUGCAAGAUGGUAGACAAACGGAUGUGGCAGUCCAUGUCACCGUUGAGACAAUUCAGGAAAAUGCCGGAGGAGGUCAUCAAAAAGCUGGAGAAAAAGAACUUCCCCUGGGAGAAGCUGUACGAGCUGGGCCCCAAUGAGAUCGGUGAACUGGUCCGAGCACCCAAGUUAGGGAAGAUGAUACACAAAUAUGUACACCAGUUCCCCAAGUUAGAACUGGCAACACACAUACAGCCCAUCACGAGGUCCACACUGAGAGUCGAACUUACUAUAACACCUGACUUCCAAUGGGAUGAGAAGAUCCACGGCCAGUCUGAAGCUUUCUGGAUCCUGGUCGAGGAUGUGGACUCUGAGACCGUGCUGCACCACGAGCAGCUGCUGCUGAAGCACAAGUACUGCCGCGACGAGCAGCACGUGAAGCUGUUCGUGCCGGUCUUCGAGCCACUGCCUCCACAGUACUUCCUCAGGGUUGUAUCAGAUCGGUGGAUAGCCGCGGAGACGCAGCUUCCAGUGUCAUUCCGACACCUCAUCCUCCCGGAGAAAAACCUGCCGCCCACCGAACUUCUGGACCUGCAACCUCUGCCGAUAUCCGCCCUCCGGAACGAGAAAUGGGAACAGCUGUACAAAGACGCCUUCCCGCAAUUCAAUCCAGUGCAGACACAGGUCUUCAACGCUGUAUACAACUCGGACGACAACGUGUUCGUGGGUGCUCCAUCAGGGUCUGGCAAGUCGGUGAUCGCUGAGCUGGCACUUCUCCGACUCCUGACCCACAGCCCAGCCUCCAGAGCGGUGUACCUGGUCCCUCAUGAUGCACUCGCUGAUAUAGUGUUUGCGGACUGGUAUCACAAGUUCGGUGCCCGCUUCAAUCUGAAGGUUGUCCAGCUGACCGGUGAGACGGCUACAGACCACAAGCUGAUCAACAAGGGCCAGAUCAUAGUCACUACAGCUGAGAAGUGGGACGUACUGUCUAGAAGGUGGAAGGUCCGUAAGAGCGUCCAGAGUGUAUCGCUGCUGGUGGUGGACGCGCUGCAGCUGCUGGGCGCGCACGAGGGACCCGUGCUGGAGGUGGUGUGCUCCAGGAUGAGGUACAUCGCCUCGCAGACAGGUCGUCCUAUCCGUAUCGUGGCUCUGUCCCUGCCGCUGGCGGACGCUCGCGACGUCUGGCAGUGGCUUGGCUGUAAUACUAACAGCGCCUUCAACUUCCAUCCCAGCGUCAGGCCGCUACCGUUGGAGCUUCAUGUUCAGGGCUUCAACAUCUCCCACGCGGGGUCCCGCCUAGCGGCCAUGACCCGUCCCAUCUACAAUGCGAUCCUCCGCCACGCGGGCUCGCGUCCCGUGGCGGUGUUCGUCCCGUCCCGGCGACACGCUCGCGUCCUGGCAGCAGACCUGCUAGCCCUGGCCGGGGCACACGACACGCCGGGGAGAUUCCUCCGCGCUCGCCCUGACCUAGUCCAGCCCUUCCUUGAUAAGGUGCAGGAUAGGACGCUCCGCGAGACGCUAGCAGCUGGGGUGGCGUAUCUGCAUGCUGGGGUUUGUGCUGGAGAUCGCCGUGCAGCGCUUCAACUUCUGGAAUCCGGCGCGGCCCAGCUGUGCGUGGCGGCGGCUGAACUGGCGUACGCCUUCACCGCUCACGUCCACACCGUCAUAGUGGCUGAUACUAGUGUCUACAACGGUAAGCUGCACUGCUACGAGCAGUACCCGGUGACGACGGUGCUGCAAAUGCUGGGCCGGGCCUGCAGACCUCUGGAAGACGAGCACGCAGUCGCAGUACUCAUGUGCGCUCAGCAUCACAAGACGUUCUUCACGAAGCUUCUCAAUGACUGCCUACCCUUAGAGAGUCACUUGGACCACCGUCUCCACGACCACAUGAACGCUGAGAUCGUGACAAAGACGAUAGAGAACAAACAGGACGCGGUGGACUACCUCACCUGGACCUUCCUCUACAGGAGACUCACGCAGAAUCCCAACUACUACAACCUGCAGGGGGUCACGCACAGACAUCUCUCCGAUCACCUGUCAGAGCUGGUUGAGUCAACCCUAUCAGAUCUGGAACAGUCGAAGUGUAUAGCCAUCGAGGAUGAUAUGGACCUGCAGCCUCUCAACCUUGGAAUGAUAGCCUCCUACUACUACAUAAACUACACUACUAUAGAACUGUUCAGCUUGUCUCUGACUUCAAAGACGAAGAUCCGAGGUCUUCUAGAGAUCAUAUCUUCAGCGGCGGAGUACUCCGAGCUGAGCGUCAGGCAUAGAGAGGAGAACGUCAUUAAGACGCUCGCUGCCAAGGUGCCUCACAAAUCGUCAUCGCCGACAGUCCGCUACAACUCCCCCCACGUGAAGGCGCACGUGUUAUUACAAGCUCAUCUCUCCAGGAUGCAACUUCCGGCGGAACUGCAGGCUGAUACCGCCAUUGUGCUCACUAAGGCUAUACGUUUGAUCCAGGCGUGUGUGGACGUGGUUUCCAGCAGUGGCUGGCUAUCCCCAGCUGUUGCGGCUAUGGAACUAGCGCAAAUGGUGACCCAGGCUAUGUGGGCGAAGGACUCCUACCUCAAACAGCUGCCUCACUUCACCCCGGAACUGCUCCAACGUUGUUCCGAACGCGGGGUUGAUACGGUCUUCGAUGUGAUGGAACUCGAGGAUUCAGCUCGCACGGAGCUGCUUAGGCUCACGCCGACGGAAAUGGCGGAUGUGGCUAGAUUCUGUAACAGAUAUCCGAAUGUUGAGCUGAGUUAUGAGGUGUUGGAUAGUAGGAGAGUGAGGAGUGGUGGGCCGGUAGUGUUGAAGGUUACGUUGGAGAGGGAAGACGAGGUGACGGGGCCGGUCGCAGCGCCUAGAUUCCCGCAGAAGAGGGAGGAAGGUUGGUGGGUGGUGGUUGGAGAGCCGAGGACCAACAGCCUGUUGUCCAUCAAACGGGUUCAGCUUGGGCGAUCAGCUACUUUGAAGCUGGACUGGCUAGCCGGCGCGCCGGGACGACACACCUACACUCUGUACUUCAUGAGCGACGCUUAUCUGGGAGCGGAUCAGGAAUACAAGUUCAAUGUGGAUGUGUCCGAUGCCAGGUCACCGGAUAAUGCAGACUGAUGACACACGUUAAUACUAUCAGCGACAGCCUUAAAAUAAUAAUGAUUCACUAAGCAUAAACAAUAAAAAAUAUAUAUGUUUGUCUUUAA